AUUUCAUUAAAUUAUUAUAUAUAUAGUUUUAAAUUGACUAAAAGGGCGAAAUUAGAGAGAUAAAGAAGAAAAUUUUAAAAAGUCUCUUAACUAGAAAAAUCAUAUAUUAAAUGAAUUGUGAGAUAAGACGAUUAUUUUACGUCAGAUAGAAUAAAAAUAGUAGAUAAAAUUGUUAGGAAAAGAGACUUUUCUAGCGGAGAUAGCUUAAAAGUUUGAUAAAAGAAUAUGACGGAAGGAGAUAGAGAUAUUAUCAUGAAGAAAGAAAUAGCAGAAGGUAGUGAUGAAUAUGUGAAAUUUUGUGGAAGUUUGAAUGAGGCGAAAAGUUCCCAUGAAGAGGAGAAAAGGAAUGAACAAAAUGUUUUAAUUGUUCAAAAUUCAUCUGUAACUUUUAAUAAUCAAGAACUUAAUCGAAAUAUACAACAAAAUCUAGAAAAGGAGAAGAGUUUAAGUGAAUUUGUAAGUUGGUUAUUAUUUUAUAUUAAAUUUAUGCUCGUUAGUUAAGUUUCCAUAAUUCAAUUUAGAAUUGGUUUAAGGAUGAACAUUAUCGGAUUCUACAAAUGAACUCUGGACAAACAAAUGACUUGGGUAAAACAUUUAUGUACGAUAUGCCAGUACCCGCCAUAAAUGGUGCAAUUGAAAAUGGUAUCCAUCACGGAGCCUAUCAUAGAACUGACAUAGAGUAUCCUGUCGCCUAUCCUAUAGAAGUAUUUAAUACGGAUAGGAUGAAUAAUUAUUUUCCUGAUGUAAAUCCAACAAAUGUUUGGAGUAAUUCAUAUUUCUCGGAGGAGAUGUAUCGUACAAGUAAAAUAAAACAAGUUACGGUAGAGGAUCCCAUGGCUCCCCUAUCUCCGAUUGUUCGACAACGAGGACGUCCCCGAGGAUCUUCCGGUUCAUUGUUGGACGAGGAGGGAAAAGCUAUUUGCUUAUCGGGAGAUAAGAACGAACAACGACGUCAGAGGAAUAGGUUGGCGGCCAUUCAAAGUAGGACACGUCGAAAACUAUAUAUUCAAAAAUUGGAAGAGAGACAACACGAACAGUCCUUUAUCAUAAGCAGGCUGCAGAACGAAAUACAAUACUUGAGACUUAUGGCUGGUAUUCCAUUAGAUAUUCCAAUUCAAAACAUAAUGGACUUUACCAAUCUUAUUCAACCUACAAACACACCGUCGAAUUCCCCUGUUCUUGACGAAAAGGAGCAUACAAGCUCAACGGAAAUCACGCAAACUGCUGAAAAACUAGAAAAUCCUAUUGCUAAUUAA